CUUCGGCAAUUCCCUUGGAUACUGAUGAUUUACAAACUACCGAUUUCGAGUCUGAAUCCACAAAUCCUCAUUCCUACGUUGACGCCGACUAUGACGAUGAAACCGUUGACGAUAUCGAAGCCCAUGAGAAGAGCGAUGAAGCUUUUGAGAAAGAACUUGAAGCAGAUAAAUGGGAAUGCCGUUUUUGCAAACACAUUAAAUUUAAAGCUUAUGCCUGUGGAUUUUGUAAAAAGAAAUAG